AUAAAAGUAUCGUAGAGCAAGAGAAAGAGAGAGAAAGGGAGAGAAAAGUGGGCUUAUCGCACGUUAUUAAAAGCAAUUUUGCUUGAUUUUUGUUUUAACACACACUCAAAACGCAAAUAAGGUACAAAAGGAAACAUUUCUCAAUCGAGUCGAACAUUUGCGUACAGUGGGACGAUGAGAGAAGUAUAGAACGAACAAGUACAGAAAAUUACAGGACGAGAGAAAAAAAAAACACUAUUUUUUUUUUGUUGUAGAAAUUGCCCCACGAACCAAAACUUUUGUUUGAUUGCGCUCGAUGUCGACGGAACAAAAGAAAAACGAAUUGUAUCGCGCAAUAUUCGAUUUCUGAGUGUUGAAAAGUUUAUUCGAUAAAACUUAGUCACCGAAGGCAGUUCACUGUUUGGUGCUCGCGAGUUUUUUUUUACAUUGGCAUUUUCAUUUUUGCAUUAUAGAACAACUCUUUUGAUUUCGACGUUUAAUUUUCGAUUUUCGUUUGCUUCAUUCAGUUUCUAUGCAUUUCUUUUUAGUUCUCUGUGUGAUAAGUUUUAUUAUUAGCAAUGAUCAGUAUGAAAAGGAAAAGUUUAAUUUAUUUUUUGAUUUGUAAAAAAAAACAGAAUUGUUAAUCGGCAUUUAAAUUAAUAAUUAUGUGAUUUUAACUCCGACUUUAUAAGUACGUUUGUUAAGAACGUUAUAAACUUUGCAAAAAAAAAGUUUCAUUCCAAAUGGAUCAUUUUCAUUUUGCGUACAACUGGUUAAAAAUUGGCUUAACAUAAAUGGCACCGCAGAAUUCAACAUUGUUACAUGAAAAUGCCGACGAACUAUCCAACGAAUUGAGUCAUUACAGUCCCAUACCAAAAGAACCGUACUGCAUUGAAAUCUGUAUUAACAACACAUAUACGGAUGAAAUAAUUCGGCCGGGCAAAUCAACCAUCAAAUACGAUCGAGUGAUUUAUGAGCAGGUAGAGCAUGAAAUACCAAUUUGGAUUUGUGGCGAACCAAGAUUUGUAUCAGGCAUUACAAACAGUACAACAUGCAGGGAUACGAUUCAAGCUUUGAUUGACGAUGAAUUGAACAGCAGUAGAGUUGAUGUCACAGCGUCGCGUGAUUUAAAUGAUUAUGUGAUUACUGAAAAAUGGCGUGACGUUGAACAAGCAUUAACGGGGGAUACCAAAAUAUUACCAAUUUGGAUGGCAUGGGGUAGCGCUCAAAAUGAGGUGAAAUUCAAACUAAAAAUCAAUAAAAACAAGGCUGGAACCAAAAUAACUGGUGACUACAGUAACGACAACAAUGGCGACGCCAAUCACUAUGAUAAACGACAUAAACAGGAAGAGCGUCAUCGAAGAUCGAUCGCUGUUGAGCAACUAAUGAAACGGCUAAUUCAUCAGGGCGAAAGCAUUAAACAACAAUUGAAUAUUUUAAGGGAAAAAAAUGAGCAAAAUUGGUUAACAUCGCGACGGGAUCGUGGAUCAAACAAAUAUCCAAGUUCAUUAUUGAAUUCAUUUCUUCAUGAUACAUUGCGAUUGGAUUCAAUUGCAUUGGACGACAAAAGUUCAUUGGAUAAUGAUGAAAAUAAAAAAAUUAUCGCCAAAGUGUCGCAUGGCAAAUUGAAGCGACAAUCAAAAAUUGACGCAACACCACUGUCGAACGAUGAGCUAUUUCUUAUGAUUGACGAUGGCACUGGUGGUAUCAAUAACGAUGAUACUGACAGCAACGUACAUGUUGAGUAUCGACAAUACUAUUUAAAUAAAAAGCUUGACUUGGCCGUUGCCGCCGCUGCAAAGGUCAGUGUAAGCAAUACGAAUGCAAUGACAAAACAGAAAUCCAUUUCAAGAAAAUUGGAAUUCGAUGCACUGCGACAAAAUAGCCAUAAUAAACGAAUUAUUAAACAUUUAUGUGAAAAUAUCAAUCAACGGCAGAUCCAAAGUCAUCGUCGAAUGCCAACAAAUGGUAAUAAAGAAAAUAUCCAAGGCGAAAUUGAAAAACUAAUGAAUGAUUUGCAACAACUUACUGACCAUGAAGAGCAACUCAUGAAAAAAUUAUCAACGAAAUGCGAACGAUAUCGCAAUCAAAAUAAUAAAUACAUGACAAAUCUACGAUUGAAAUUGUGCAUCGAUGAAGUUCAACACAAUUUGGAUGUAUAUGCCAAAGAGAUUAUUGAAAAUGAACUGGAAUUGCAUGAAAUUCAAUUGGAAAUUCAACGCAAAUAUGAUAUUCUAUUUAAUUUAACAAAAAAUUCGGAAUGGAUUAAUAGUUCAAUUCAUGACAGCGAUGACAAUACACUUGAUACCAUACUUUCAAAUGACAAAAGUUUAAUCAUUUAA